AUGGUGAAAGCCCCGACCAUGGGACCCUCCACCGGAACCCAGGGAAUCAGGAAGAUUCAUCCUGGGCCCGAAAUCGCGAUGAAUCCGAGGAAUCUGCCGACCGCGAACGCCACUACACUUCCCAGCAUCCGAACAGAUGGCAAGACUACCUCGAUGUAUCAUCCCCAGGUGGACGUCUCGACCCAGGUGGAUCUGCACGGCGGUUUCGGUGUGCCUGGUGGCGGCAUCAGCAUCGAUUGGGAUCGCAGGGCGACGCCGUUGUACUCGCGGGAGGACAUCAAGGAACAGUAUUGCAUAACCAGCCGACAAUUGGACGCCGUGGAGAAAUCAGGUGGUGGUUUCUUCGGUUGUCUGUCGACCAGAGGUCCGUCGCCUUGCAGCUCGACGAAAGCCUCGAUCCUGUCCGCGUGUGUCAGGAGCGUUCCAAGCGAUGAGAACCUCUGCGACGCGCCCUAUCCACGACGGCCCCUGCAGAUUAUGUAUCGUCAACCUUAUCCGACCUAUUCGAGGGGUCUGUCCCGCUACGACUUCGAGGACGAAGCUGACUGGAUCGAAAGUUCCUACUUCCGACGUAGACCCAGAUCAUUCUGCACUGUCCCCGACCCGAAAAGGUACACAUGGCUUCCAGAGGACGAGGAAUCGACGAAAUUGGAGGGUCCUCGUCCGGUACUGCCCCCAGCACCUCCGCCACCCACCUCUCAAGCCCCGAAACCGAAACACGUGAGCUUCGCGAGAUCGCAUACUCUUACAUCCUUUGACAUGCCGAAGAGUAGAAGCCCUCCGAGACCGCAGAAUCAGGAACGCCUUAUAGAUUCGCAGCCAACGAUGCAGAACGCCAUGCUUCCUUCGACCUUACCUCUGAUGCAUCCUUACAACGCCAGCGAACCUCGUGUUAUUGUCCUCGAGAAGCCACCGAAGCGCGGCGCGAUGAAAACCCAGGCGACCCAAACGGAGUUGCCGGCGAUGUUCCAAGGUCGCAUCCCCGUAACCCUCAGCCCCAGGACAAUACACCGCGUGAAGAUGGUCUCGCAGGGAGCGCAGACGAACGGCCUGUUGAACGGGAGGAAAUUGACGAAAAGCUACUCGGAGGCCGGCCAGCUGGGAACUCCUUUGGGCGGAGGACAGGCCGGCACGCCGAGCAAGGAGGAAACGGAACAUCACGAGCCACUUCACAGGACGCAGAGCGAGGAACCUCCGAGAUCACCCUUCCUCGUCCGUACACCACCACCUCAGGGACCAGCGAAAGAACCACUGACCAACGGGGACAUCUCAGACGUUAUCACGUGCAUUCCUGAAGAUCAACGAAGGUCCAUCGACAUGGACGACCAAGAGAUCCUCAUAGAUUUUAAGCCAGCGCCGGUGUCGCCGGUUGCGCGUGCCCUUCUAAACCGGAUGUCCCAGUCGACGCGGAGAUUUCUGCCGUUGCAGAAGACCCUCUCCGACGGUGAAAUUCGCGUGGAGAGGCGCGAGCUUAUUGGGGAAGCUGGUGAACCGAGUUACCCUCAUACGUGCCGGAGGAAUCAUCAGGACCCUUGGGACAGGACCGUUAGAGCACCCGUCCAAUUUUCCUCGACGCCCGAGGACCUGUCCUUGCUCAGGGUCGCGUCGCCCCAUGAGGAUCACCCUGAAGAGGAAUUUCACGAGAAUCUCAUCCGGCGGGGAUUUUUCCGGAAGAGGAGCGUGUCACUGGAGGACGGCGUGCAAGGCUUAGCCUCGGACGAUUUCAUGCUACCGAGAUCGCUUCCCACGUCCCCCACGUCGCCGACCGCAGCAUCAGCGCCACGAAGAACAUUACAAAGUCCUAAAGGCUAUUCGUCGCCGACACGUCCACUGCGGCAACCAGGGCAUGUUUAUCCUCUCCUCUUCAAUCGUGGACUCGGGAUUUCCGGUUUGAUCACUUCUCCGUUCGCAUCGAGCGAUUCGUUAACGAAUGACGUCACCAGGGACCAUAGCGACGGAAUUUGGAACGAGUCUCAAGCGACGGUCCUCCAGGCAGACUCGUUGUCCCUUUUGACACCGUCCUCGAGAAGAAGGCACCUUCUGCUUCUCCAGCAUCAACAGCGUUCCUCAAUGGACACCGAGGCUCUGGAAAUCGAGGAGACGAUGGAAUCGCGUCCAUCCAGUCCGAGAAUACGUCUCGAGCCAGCAACACCGGUGCAACCAUUAACACCGAGGCAAUUACUUCUCAGCGUCGAACCGUCCGUGACGCCGCUGAAUGGCAGGCCGAAGGGCGCGUUCCGUCGAGCGAGUCCUGGCCCGCCAUUGUCGCAACCGCAAUCGCAAUCGUCGAGCGAGUUCGGCCUGAGCCUCGCCAGAACGGACUCAGGCGGUCGGACGAACACAGACCUAUCCGAGACCUCAACCACCGAGGAUUACGUCACUGCCAACACCUCCACUGAGACUGGGACCACUACCGGCACUUCCGCAACGACCAGUUCCUGGUCGAGGCCUCCGCAAACCUCAAGCGCAGCGGCCUCGGCUUCGGCGACAGCCACUGCCGCGGAGGGAAGCUCCUUUGAAAGCGCCAGCUCAAUUUACAGCCUGGCUCGCAGCGAGGCUGUCGUUGAAGAGCCAUGCAGCCCACCACCGAUAUUGGAGGAAACGGAAAUUCCAUGUGGAUUGGAGGUACCUGCUUCACCAGCUAGGUCCACGAGCAGUAGUAGUUCGGGCAGUUACGACCUGAAAGAUGCAAUGACAGAUCCGGGUCACGAACUUGAGCAGCAAACUGCACCUCCAAGCGGACAUACCUCGGAGACCGAGCUAGAUCGUGACGAAGGUCACCGCUCCUCUUCCGGCGGCUACGCCGAGUCUCCUCCAGAUCUGCACGGCUGAAAAAAAAGACGAAGGAAGACCUUCACCCUGGAUUUCCUCGGAAGCACAACAGACAUCGAACGUAGCACAGAACUGUACGGAGACACUGCCGAGAUCAGUCCAACGCCGAGUCAUCGUUACCGACAGCGAGGAAAAUCGACGAGCGCCAAAAGUCCCCACAAAAAUAACAGAAAGCGCGAAGCUGCUCAACAAUCGACACAAGGUCAACAGCAGCAGCAGCAGCAACAACAACAGCAACAGCCGCAACAACAACCUAGUAGAAGCCCUCAGAAAGAGGAUUGGCGAGUGGAGCAAACUGAGGAUGGUGGCCAUGUACCAACGUCAGAUGAUUCCAGUUGCAGUCACCACUAUCACAUGCAUCAUCACCAUCAUCAUCAUGUGCAUCGCGAGGGCGCAGAUGGGAGACACCGGAGAACGAGGGAGAGCCCGAGGAGGAAGACCAUUGGUUACGUUUCCGCUAGGAGGAGGAGUAACGAGCACCGUCGUCCUGUUGCAAUUUAGGACAAGAACGCUGCCAUAACAGGCAGUCUACCACGAAGAAGAUCUCGCGCAGCGGAUGACAUUAUAAUGCAUUCGAGGCUGAGCCCGGGCCGUUAUCAACGUAGUCCAGGGCACAACGGACAACGGGCGAUGAUCGUCGAGUCACAGAGCCCGGAGGCGAGAUUAAAGGCUCUUUCAGCGGAAUCGUUGAGGUCCGUCAGUCCAGGAAGCGACAGUGUCUUCUAUAGCGAGGGCGCGGACCACUAUUUGACCAUCAGCGCUCUCGAUGUCCCUCAUUGUCACCACUGCGGCAGAGAGGUCUCGGAAGAGAUCGUUCGACCACCGGCAGGUUUCGCGGACUCCCCAGAGGGACACAGGUCCUCCUCGUCGAAGCACGUGCCUGGCCACCGUCUGUACAAGAAGUUCGACAAGAGGUAUCGAUCGGAGGAUCGCGGUGACAGGCGACAUCGUCGUAGCAGCGCUGGCAGAUCGGACGUCCGUGCGAAAUCGGAGGAAAGGGUGGCCUCCAGACGCGGAAGCAGAGGAUCCAUCGACGACACCGCCGCUGGCAGGAAGAGGCUUCACGCGAGGAGCACGGACGUCAGUUUGGAAAUUCUUACCGGUCGGGAGGACGAGGACAACUAUGUGGAGCCGUAUACGAGCAGCGAGUGGAUUUACAUCGGCGACCUCGAGGAGAGCCAUGUGUGGAAGAGGCCAGAUAGCAGGGACGGCGACUACGAGGUCCCGGAAAGUGUCGCUAAAGAGAGGAGAAGCUCUCAGGAGUCGACGGAGAGCGAGAGAAACUUUAGGAAGAAGUACCAGGCGGCGACACACAGGAUGGUGCAUCGAAAGAGCAGCGGCGAGAUGUAUAAAAGGAUACAGACCAAGUGUUUCG